AAGAUGGCGGCCGAGUUGGAGUACGAGUCUGUGCUGUGUGUGAAGCCGGACGUCAGCGUCUACCGGAUUCCGCCCCGGGCCUCCAACCGCGGUUACAGGGCAUCUGACUGGAAAUUAGACCAGCCGGAUUGGACUGGUCGCCUCCGAAUCACUUCAAAAGGGAAGAUUGCCUAUAUCAAACUCGAGGAUAAAGUUUCAGGGGAGCUUUUUGCUCAGGCUCCAGUAGAACAAUAUCCUGGUAUUGCUGUGGAGACAGUGACAGAUUCCAGCCGCUACUUUGUAAUCCGGAUCCAGGAUGGUACUGGGCGCAGUGCUUUCAUUGGCAUUGGCUUCACAGAUCGGGGAGAUGCCUUCGACUUUAACGUCUCCUUGCAGGAUCACUUCAAGUGGGUAAAGCAGGAAUCUGAGAUUUCCAAGGAAUCUCAAGAAAUGGACGCUCGUCCUAAGUUGGAUCUGGGCUUCAAGGAAGGACAAACCAUCAAGUUGAGUAUCGGGAACAUUACAACCAAGAAAGGAGGUGCUUCUAAGCCCAGGACUGCAAGGGGUGGGGGCCUGAGCUUACUCCCACCCCCGCCAGGAGGCAAAGUCACUAUUCCCCCACCGUCCUCCUCAGUCGCCAUCAGCAAUCAUGUCACCCCACCACCCAUUCCGAAAUCUAACCAUGGAGGCAGUGAUGCAGAUAUCCUUUUAGAUUUGGAUUCUCCUGCUCCUGUCACGACACCAGCACCAACUCCAGUUUCUGCAGGCAAUGACUUGUGGGGAGAUUUCAGCACUGCAUCCAGCUCUGUUCCAAACCAGGCACCACAGCCAUCCAACUGGGUCCAGUUCUGAAUGGCAUUGGCAGGACAUUAAGGACAGACUUGAGGAAUAAAAAUGACCUUGAGGGCACCAAUCUGUGAGGGAAGUUAGGAACCCAUUUCCUCCCCAGAACCAAAAUGACUGGACAAUCUUUUUCAUAGCUUCUCCAUUACAUUCAAGCUGGUUUAUGUCACUCCCCUGUGUUGUUACUUGUGCAGCCAAGAAAGUAUCUGUUAUCUCCCGCUUAGUACCAAGGUAGGGGACUAGUGGAUCUUAUCAUAGUCUUGGCUGACCAUGCAGGGCUCAAAAGGCCAGCGUCUGAGGGGGAAUGACCUCUAACAUCUGUAAAAUUUGUCUCAUCUUUUAAAUUCUUUAACUUAUUUCAAAAUCAUCUCAUGGCCCUUGUGUGCCUCUUUGUGAAGCCCUAUUUAGCAAUUUCAGGGGAGUCAAAAACCUUGCAACUUCCUUCUCCACUAACCCAGGACUAAAAAUGGACAGGCUGACCUCAGUGUUUACAAAUUCAGAAUUUUGAUAGGGGUAGAUAUGGAGAAAGGCCUAUUUCCUGGGUCUCUGCUGUGUAGCCUCCUUCAGGCUUAUUGUACUCAGUGAACAUCCAGUGCUGGGUGCAGCUCCAUCGCCCUCUUGUGUGUUUACAUGUCUCUUUCUAUGAUAAGAGGGUUGUGUUGGUGGCACCUCCACUAUUCUUUUCUGUUUGUUGAAUUUGAAUUGUGUAACAUCUUUGACCAGUGGGUGUCUCUGUAAUGAAGGAGGUUCAAGAGGCUGUGCUUUCCAAGUGAUAGUCUAUAGGAGUGUUUAAUUUCUUGCAGCUCCAUCUGGUUGCUGCAUUUGAAGCAUGGCAUUAAUUUGUAUUUGCCCUGUUAUUUGACCUAAAGUUGAAGGGUUUAGAGUUUUUAACCUGAUCUGUAGAGCAGAGAGGUUGAAAACACUUAACUCUUGUUUAGUACCCUCAUUGCCUUGCUGCCUGGGUAUCUGGCCCCUUUCCAUAAACAUUUCUUUUCAGUUCAUGUAGUUCUUUAACAGAAAGCUGCUAUUAUGUAUAUUGUCAUUUGUGAAGGAAGUUGGAGAGUCACAGCUUUACUGUGACAGGUUUUGCGCAAGGCUUUGAUACCUGUCACCCAUUGUAUCUUAAAAGCAAGUUGUUCUCCCACUACUUUCCUUUCCCUCUGCCCUGCCAUUCCUUUUACAAUGCUGUGAAAAAAGUUGUGCUUCUUAGGUGAGUGGGUACUUUCUAUUUUGUUUCUCAAUGAGCAAUUUUGAGGAUGAAAUGGGAAGAUAUAAUUGCUUCCCUUUUGCACCUAUUUGGGUAUGUACACUCUGGCAGAAGGGAGUCCUUAGGUUUAGUUUCAAAAUAUAUUACCUUCCUGGAUUCCCUUCUUAACUUUUUCUGACUUGGGUCCAUUUUCUUUUCAUUGCCUCCUUUUCCAGGCAGCUCUAUUCUUGCAGAGCCAUGGCAGGACAUAUUAAAAUUCCAAUAGAGAACACUAAAAGGAAAGUCUGUGGAAUCACUAGUGACUAAAUACUGGGAACCUAUUUUCUCUAUCUUCCUCCAUGUUGUGUUCUUUGUAUUAUCAAGAUGAUAAUAUAUUAUGUAUUUGCAUUCCUGAAAAAUGGAAAAUGUUUAAGAUAUAUGUAUAUAAAGCAUAUGCUGUAUUGGUGCAAUAAUGGUAAUUAAAAAUAUGAAAAAAGUGUCUCUUUUA